UGUUCCGGGAAGCGUGGUAGCCUCGAGGAGUGCGCGCUGUUUUCUUCGCUUUUCUUUUGUUUUCUUUCCGUUUUUACAACUUUACUGCGAAAGAAUUGGCAAAACUAAGGUGAUAACUCAACUUAUCCAUUCGAAAUCUUCAACGCUGCGAGUGCAAGCGUAACUCUGCCGAAUAUCUACGUGGCAGACCUCCAUUGAAAUCGGACAGAUCAUGGAAACCGCAGGCGAUAGUGACCUAACCGGCGAAAAACAAAACGAAGGACGGUCAUCUGUGCAAGACAGAUCGUCAGCUGAAAAUAGUCCAUCUGCUAGUCCAAAUAAACCUGAGCAAAAGCCUGAGCAGAAGAAGACUAUAUUUUCAAAAGGAAAGAAAAGGAAGAAGACUGACAAGGACUUGAAUGCUCCUAAAGCCCCUCUUACUGGUUAUGUCAGGUUCCUGAAUGAGCAUCGAGAGAAGGUCAGGGCUGAGAAUCAGAACCUUCCUUUUCAUGAAGUUACCAAGAUUCUUGGGAAUAUGUGGAGUCAGCUACCUUCUCAGCAAAAACAGGCCUAUUUGGAAGAAGCUGAGAAGGACAAAGAACGUUAUAUGAAGGAACUAGAAGUAUAUCAACAGACUGAUGCAUACAAGAACUUUGUAGCCAGACAAAAAGCAAUGAAAAAAGGUGAAGGAGAUGUCAAUGGUGCUGAGGGAAAUGAUGACUUGUUCUGCAGUGCUUGUAACUUGUACUUCAACUCACCACACAACAAGCGUGAACAUAUGUCUGGCAAGAAGCACUUUGCUGUGGUCUCUUCGCAGAUGGACAAAUCUGAGAAGCAUGUAGAAAAGGCAAAUGGUAGAGAUUCAUCUGAUGCAAAAAAAGUGGAAGAAAAUUCUGAUUCACAGCCACUACAAAUUCCUUUAGAUGGAGAUAUUCCAAUAUUUACAGAGGAGUUUUUAAACUUCAAUAAAGCUCGUGAAAAUGAACUUAGGAAACUGAGGAAAGUGAACACAGAGUUUGAAGAGCAGAAUGCCAUUCUUAGUAAACACAUAGAGAAUAUGAAGAAAGGCAUUGACAAAUUGGAAGGAGAAAGGAAAGAGCAACAAAAUGAAAUCAGUGCACUGCAGAGACACCUUGCCAAAUUGCGACAAAUAAUUUCCCGUAGUUUUGUUGAUAUUCAAAUUCCAGGAGUGACAGAUCCUCUAACAUCGGAGACAGUGGACUCAUUUGUAGCAAAACUGCAACAAUAUAUUCAAGAAAAUAGUAAAGAAAACUUGGAGUUAACAUCAAGGAUAAAAGAUAUUAUAGCUUCUCUGGACUAUCCCAAUUGCUUAAAAGAGGUGAACAGCUGAUGCACCGCACAUCACUGAUGCUUUGAUCCAUCGAUAAUUCAUGUACCACCUUCCUUUUUCUUACUGUAGUGACUUUGUAAUUCCUGUCAACUGUGUUAGUAACUAUGGGUUCACCAUCAUUUGUAGAACUUUUUUUUACAUGAUGUGUCGAAGUGAUGUAGGGAAACUGAGAGCAGUAAUUGGGAAGUGCAACUUGUUUUCAGGAUGUAGUAACUUGAGCUUGUUUAACCCUUUAACUCUCACUAGUGACCAAGACAGUCCUCUUACAAUAUCAAUACCAUAUCAUGUUGGCAAUCGAGGUUAAGAAAGAAAAAUGUCAAUUAGGGUAUUGUUAUAUGAUCCAAUACCAAAUUCUUGAAACUAACAUCAUAACCUAUGUAUGAGAGUAAGUAAGGGGAAGUACUGGUCAGAUCUUGGGAGGGAAAGGGUUAACUGUGUAGACUGGUUGAGAGAAAGAUGCUUUUCGUCAUUUCACGAGCGUGGGGCAAAGAAAAGUUCUUUCUCUAUUCCUUUACCGAGGUUAAACUUACCAUCUCUCUUAUUCUACUUGUAUACUUGUUAUUAAAAAAUUUUCCUAGCAGGAAGAUUCUGAGAAUAAGGGUCGCAUGCGCGUACUUACACAUGUUCAUGUCCAAGUAUGUAUGCCUAUGAGAUUGUAAUUAAGGGUACAUCUUGUACUUACAACCAGGAAAUCACGGGUUGAUGUGUAAGGGUAGUGCAUGUAGUGCUUUGAUGGAAAGGACUGAAAUCACUGUGAGGAUAAAAUAAUGUGAAUUGUUUAUUCAAAACUGAUGUAGAGUUUAGAUUUUCUUGCAACUUCGAAUUGGAUGUGUUUACAAUUUACCCUUUUUGACUCGAUGAAAGUUUUCCUGAUCCAGGUAAACGUUUUUGUUGUGAUGGUUACAACUUGUUUGGUUUUCAUACAUUAGUUGAAGUAACCUCAAAACAAAGAAAAUAAAACAAAAAAACAAAAACAAAAGCCAAAAAAAAAAAGAAAAGAGGAAGAAGAAUGACAAGAAUUAAAUGGAAGGAGUAGAAAGAGAUGACAGGAGGCGGUGUGCUCCUGUACAGUAAUUAGUAUUUGACUUUUUCGCGGUUUGUAAAUAUUUGGAAAACACGGAAAUACUCAAGAGACCUUUCCGACAGAACAGUUAGCGAUUGUGUUUUUGUACAGCGGCUUGUAUUUAUUGAUUAUGGAUUUUUCCUCUCUUUAUUUUUAGAAGAUAAUGAGACAUUGUGAUGUUGGUUACCGAAUAAAUAAUUCGCCACGAGACUUGUUCAACGCGUUGUUCUCCCUUAUGGAAUGAAAAUAAAGUUUUUGCUGCA